GCGACAGGAAGUCCGCAUUACCAGCCGAUGCCGAAGAAGAGCAGCUGCCCGCCCACACUGGCCGGCGUUCACAGUGGGCUGCUGAAGCGGGUCUUUGUGCAACAUCUGGAGCUCGACCUUUUUGCCUGAUUUAUUCACGUUGCGCAUUGACGAUGCAGGCGGCUUACAUCCACGGAAUCCGCGUCGCGGAGAUUUUGCAGAAGCACCUCAUCGGAUAUCAGAGCGUGUGGCUCGUAGUGACCCAUAUGGGGGACCCCAAAGCGGCGUUCCUUCUCUAUUUCCCGUUCGCUUACUUUCUGAAUAGGCGGACGGGCAUCAGGGUGCUGUGGGUAGCGAUUCUGUCGGAGUGGCUCAAUCUCGUGUUUAAGUGGUUGCUUUUUGGCGAGAGGCCAUUCUGGUGGGUUGGUGAGUCGGGACAGUUUGUGGGGAAGUCUCCGGAGUUAAUCCAGUUUUCUUCAACAUGUGAAACUGGCCCAGGUAGUCCCUCUGGACAUGCCAUGGUGACUGGUGCAGUCUUGUGGGUUAUGGUUACGUCAUUGUCCACCUCACUUUACGCCUGGAGUGGAAGUUUUCUUUUGAAGAUAUUUCCCUUCCUCUUCUACAUGCCCAUUCUGCUGGCAGUGUGUAUUUCCAGAGUCUUCAUUCUUGCUCACUUCCCACAUCAAGUUUUAGCAGGAUCUCUGACAGGAGCUUUUCUGGGUUGGUUUCUGAGCCGAUGGGUCCCUGAAGGAAAGCCUCUGAAAUUUUUUGUGCACAUUUCUCUGGGACUUCUGCUUGGGGCACUGCUCCUGCACUGUGGCCUGGAGUACAAUGGAGUUAACCUAUCCUGGUCUAUCCAGCUGGCUAAGAAGUGGUGCAUGAAGUCCGAGUGGAUUCGACUGGAUACGGCUCCUUUCUCGUCCCUGAAUCGUGACUGUGGUGCUGCCCUUGGCCUUGGCCUUGCACUGUAUUUGAAACCCGGGGGUUGGAGUCUUCCCCGAGCACCUCGGGCUCUCAGCUUGGCGUUCUCAUCUAUGGCCUUGUAUCAUGUGAACAGACUUCCACUGCCCACUGUCCCCACGUUGCUGUUCUACUUUCUGUUCUUUGUGAAGAACACUCUGGUGCCUUUAAUUGUGAUUGCCUUUAUCCCUGGACUGGUGCACAGCUUUACCAAACACAUGUCACGGAAUGGGGAUCAGAAACAGAAGUAAAUGUAGUGGGAUGGAACUUUCUUUCAUAGCAACCUUCUCUUACAGCAACUUUUUAUUUUGGAUUCCUCAGGAAAUUUUCCUCAUGAUGAUAUUUAUCUGUUGCUUAUAAGCAAUAAUUUAUUAAAAAUGAAACUGGAAAAAAAAAUGGCAUUAUAAAUACUUUUGCUUAUGCUAAAAAAGUAGCCAAUUUUUCCCCCUCGGGCCAAAGAACUAAGUAUAGGGUUCCUUUUAUACAAAGAAAAAAUCACAGCAUCAAUGUGAAAAACGCAGUUUUUAUUUUUGUUUUGUCUGCCUAUGCAUCUGAUGGACAAAGUCUUCAUUUUCAGGUAACAGGAAGCUGGGGUGACUUUUGUCUGUCUAAAGAAGAGUACGCAGCAUGUGUUGCUUUUAAUUUUGGAGUCUAAAUGUACAAUAUUGAAGAUAUUUAAAACAACUUGCACCUGUGACAGCAGCAGAGACAAAGGCGGUCGUUUCUACAGCUCCCUAAACUUCAGCAGAGAGGGCGUCAGUGCAGUCGAGUGUUUUGUCGACAGUAAAGUUCACGCUACACAAUAAGCCAAGCAGCUUGAUAUAUUUACCAAGCACAGAAGUCUCUAAUCUGUGUGCACCACCCUCAAUCCACACAUUUUAUAUGUGGCGUUUAACAAACAAAUGUAAAAAUACAAAAAUGUUUAAUUUAAAAACUGCAUAAAUUAAAACAAAAA